CCCACUCUCGUGGACCCGCGGCACGCUCGAUAUCCACCGCCUCCGCCCGCGCCCUCGCACGCGCGCGCAGACCACGACACGCGCAGCACGCGCGACUCGCUAACGCGCGCACGUCUUCACGCGCGUCAUGCCCGGCGUCGACGACGGGUACCGAUGGAGGAAAUACGGCCAGAAAAUCAUCAAAGGCGCGCCGUUCCCGCGGUCGUACUACCGAUGCACGAGCGCGAACUGCCCGGCGCGGAAGCACGUCGAGGGCGACCCUUCGCUGUUGUCGUCGCUGACGUACGAGGGCGAGCACAACCACGAGAAGCCGGCGCCGGGACGAAACGCGAACGGCUCGGUGAAGAAGAAAACCGGACCCUCCGGCGACUCCGCGAGCAAGCCCGCGUUUAAGAAGCCCGCGCCGUUGACGGUGUCCGACCGCAACAGCAGCCACCGCGCGCGCGACGGCCGAGGCCUCACCCCGGGGUCGCGCGGCGGCCAGUUGGACCGCGCGUUCACGCCGAGGUUCUGGGACAAAGCCGAGGCGAGGGCGGUGGAGACUCUCGAGGCGCUGUCUCCGCGGAGCCGCGACCGCGCGUCGCGGAUCGCGCGCGACGCCGCCAUCGCGGCCGCGGAGAAGGCCAACCCGGGGCGCGCGCAUCGCGGCGGCGGCGGCGGAUCCAACGCGCCGACGCCGGGGGGGUCGCAGUUCCUCGGCGACCUCCCGAGCGCGCUGCCUUCGGGACGCCGCGACGGGAAGCGCGCGCGCGGCGGCGACGGCGACGGCGGCGGCGGCGGCGGCGGCGACGGCGACGGCGGCGGCGGCGGCGGCGGCGACGGCGGACCCCGGUCCGUCGCGUCGCGAAAGAAGCUCAGGCGACCGCCCGCGCUGAAGCUGUGCUCGGAUCUCUCCGCGCCGGACGAGGCGGGGACGCCGCUGCUCGCGCUCGGAGGAAGCGACGGCGGCGUCGUCGGGAACGUGCCCGGGUUGCGGAGCGAUGGACGGAGCUUGCGAAAGGCGGUUUUAGAAAAGUGGGUGACGUCGCCGCGGGACCCGGUGCCGACGCCGAACACCGCGGAGACGCCGCUGGACCCUCUCGCGUUCUUGACGACGCCGCGGUAG